AUUAAUUAUCCUAAUGUCUGGAAUUUUUGAAUAUAAUGGUGGAUCCAUAGUUGGAAUGAAGGGAAAAAAUUGUAUUGCUAUGGCUUGCGAUAGAAGAUUCGGUUAGCAAAUGUCAACAAUCACAACUAAUUAUCAAAAAGUGUUUAAGAUUCAAGACAACAUUUUAUUAGCAUUAUCAGGUCUCAAUUCAGACAUUCACACUUUGUAAAUAAUUGUGUUUAUAUUAGCUACGCUUUGAUGGAGAAGGAGAUAAACUUAUAUAAUUUAAAAGAAAAUAGAAAAAUGAAACCAACAACAUUCGCAAAUUUAGUUGCAUCUUCAUUAUAUGAAAGAAGGUAUGAAUGCUCAAUUAACAUUUCAGAUUUGGACCAUUCUUUGUGACUCCAAUAGUGGCUGGCCUUGAAAACGGUAAACCCAUUUUAGCAACAUAUGAUUCAAUUGGAUGCAAAUCCGAUUUGGACGACUUUUAGGUUGGAGGAACUGGAGGAAAUUAGUAUAUAAUUUAUAAAUCAUAUUUAGUAUUUAUGGUGCAUGUGAGGCCUUCUUCAAGCCAGAUAUGAGUCCAGAAGAAUUGGAAGAAGUUAUCGGACAGAGUUUGGUGAGUGGUUGUGAUAGGGAUUCCUUAUCUGGAUGGGGAGGAGUAGUAUACGUAUUGACAGAGCAAAAGUUAACAGUUAAGAUCUUAAAGACCAAGCAAACCUGAUGAUUUAUCAUUGAAUAAUAUUAAUUAUAGUGUAAUAUCGAGC